AAGGCGAGAUUAUCGAGUUGAUAAAUCAACAAAGUAACAAAGCUAAGACAUUGCCGGUCAGAUAUCGGCAUCCUCACCGACCAACCUGUACGAUUUUCGAGGUGAGGACAGACUCAGUCCAGCUCAGGUAAAUCAAUAGACCACCGUUCAAUCAAGCUGGCGUCCAACUGCACGACGAAAAGGCUUCCGCCGAAUGAGACAUGCGGGUGACACCGUCGAGGCACGCAGCCAGUCGUCGUCCAAAGCCGCCAUCUUCAUUGUAGAUGGGAGCCAGCUAUAUCCCUGUUCGUCAGUCUCAACACGGGCGAACCCAGACCACGAUCAAGAUUUCUUUUCGAGUUGUGAACGCCUCCAUGCGUCCCUGCAUCUUCGCAAAUGGUCCAAACACUCAACCCCUCACACCACCAUUGGCCUUUCUGCCCGCUUCGAAAUUUCGUUUCCCUCCCUCGGAAAAAGCAUGUUCACUCCGUUAAGCUUCCAUCGCAACUAUCCUGGCGUGAAAUCUAAAUCUCAUCAUUUACCAGACGCCCCUGCGUCUACACCGUUUCAUCUGCUCAACUAUCACGGCAUCUUAUCCCACGAUUGGCAAGCAGGGCGUCACGACUGGCAUUGUCCUAAGCCGGCGGGUUCGGCAUCUGGAAGUGGAGAAGCCGCUCACCAAGGAGCUCGACACCUGGGGAUUGUUGCAGCUCUGCGGGGCGAUCAGUCGACUUUUGCUUUCUGCGCAUCUCAAUUGACUACACGACAACAUCACUGUACGGUUCCAAAAUCUUACGAACAGAUAUCUGGAGCUGGUCUCAGUCCUGCGAACUGGAAUAAUAACGACUUUGAGGUCGAGAUCGGUAGGGGCGUCAGGUUAAAUAGAAGUUCCCCUCGCAUAGACCCCGCCGCUGGCUUACAACUUCCACUCCUGGCGCCAUCUUGGUCGCCGACCGUCGAACAACGUUCAGGCACCGCCCCUUGAGCACAUUUCUAGAUAACGGUUUGAUACUUUGAUCAAUCAUCAAGACCGUGUUUCUGGAAUAUUUUCUAGGUAUUCACGCAUCAAACCACUUACCCAUCGGCCCUUUUGUGAUUUUUUUCAAGAAUUUUGAUGUGCUAUGGAUUCAUUCGCAUCACCCAACAC